AUUUACAGGAACAAGAUAAAGAUAGUGGAUGCUGGUGCACUUGAGCCACUCAUUGGAUUCCUGCAGUCAACAAAUCUAAGCUUACAGGAGUAUGCCACUGCUGGUGUCCUUACCCUCUCUGCCUCUUCCAUCAACAAACCCACCAUCAGUGCAGCUGGUGCCAUUCCCCUCCUUGUAGAAAUCCUUAGAGAUGGAAACCCACAAGCAAAGACUGAUGCUGUUACGGCUCUCUACAAUCUCUCCACAAUUCCAGUUAAUCUCGGGACCCUCCUCUCGGUCCGACCUAUUGCCUCUCUGGUCAACUUGUUGAAGAGCUGCAAGAAAUCCUCUAAAACAGCUGAAAAAUGCAGUGCCCUUUUGGAAUCAUUGGUGGCCUUUGAUGAGGGGAGGACUGCUUUGACAGCUGAGGAAGGUGGAGUUCUCACAUUAGUUGAGGUUCUCGAGGAAGGCUCUCCCCAGAGUAGGGAGUAUGCGGUUGGAGCCCUCCUGAAAAUGUGUGAAAGUGAUCGCUGUAGAUAUAGGGAAGUAAUUCUUGGAGUAGGUGUGAUUCCUGGUCUUCUUGAGCUCACUGUUCAAGGGACACCCAAGUCUCAAUCAAAAGCUCGUGUACUCCUACAGUUAUUGAGGAACUCUCCAUAUUCGAGGUCAGAAUUGCAGGGAGACAAUCUUGAGAACAUAGUGAGUAAUAUUGCAUCUCAGAUGGAUGGUGAGGAUUGUGCUGGUAAGGCAAAGAAGAUGCUGGCUGAGAUGGUGCAGGUCAGUAGGGAGCAGAGCUGGAAGCAUUUGCAGCAAAGGGCCUUUGUGCGCACUCCAACCGAGCUGUCUCUUGGCAACUGUCCUUCUGAAGUCUCAUCAAAAUGAUCGGUCACUUUAGUUUGGUUUACCAUCUGCUAUCUUUUUAUAGGAAACAGAUUCAAAUAAGAUGGUAGGAUGAUGCCAGUCCAGGCCACGAUGGUAUCAGGUGACUGGUGACAUUGUUGAUAUUUGGUAGAUCCUGUGGUUGUUGUCUUUCAUGUUUGUGUGGUGUUGUGCAUGAAGUGUUGACGGAAUAAUAAACACUCAGCUUCUUUGUGCAAUAGAAUAUGUUUGUCUCA